AACCUCAAACGGGAGCACUGCACUCCUCCAGGCACCACUUGUUCCUUCCUUGGCCACUUCCCCCUCCGUUUCCUUCCAUUCCCCCUCUCCUCUUCGCCGAUGCGGAUGGCCGCCGCCGCCGGACCGCGGACGCUCCGUCUCCAGGUUCCUUUGAUAAUAGUGAAGAGAAUUUGAAUUGAUUACUGUUUCUUGGAAUGCUAUUGUUCGACAGCACGAGAUUGUUUUUGUUAUACGGCAGUGCUCGAUAUUUGGAAUUUGGAGUAGAUGUCCUUCCGUAGCAUUGUGCGGGAUGUAAAGGAUGGCUUUGGUAGCUUAUCUCAGAGAAGAUUUGAGACCAGGCUUCUGGGCCAUUGCAGAGGCAAAUCGCAUGGUGCUGUCCAUGAGUUGCAUGACCCAGUGCCUGUAAUCCAGAGCAGCUGCUGGGCUAACUUGCCUCCUGAAUUGCUUCGAGAUGUGAUUGAGAGGUUGGAGGCCAGUGAAGCUACAUGGCCUUGCAGGAGGAAUGUGGUUGCUUGUGCAGCUGUCUGCAAAACAUGGAGAGAGAUGUGUAAAGAGAUAGUAAAAAAUCCAGAGGAGUGUGGAAAGCUCACUUUUCCUGUUUCCCUGAAGCAGCCUGGGCCUCGGCAUGGAAUUAUCCAAUGCUUCAUUAAGAGGGAUAGAUCUACCCAAACCUAUUACCUGUACCUCUCGCUUAGCUCAGCUGUGCUUGUUGAAAAUGGCAAAUUCCUUCUAUCAGCAAAAAGAAUCUGCCGUGCAACAUGGACUGAAUAUAUUAUAUCUAUGAAUGCGAACAGUAUAUCUAGCUCUUCAAAUACAUACCUUGGAAAAAUGAGGUCAAAUGUCAUUGGCACCAAGUUUAUAAUGUAUGACACCCAGCCACCAUACAAUUCAAGUACUGUUUCAAACUCAGGAAAACCAAGCCAAAGAUUUUACUCCAAGAACGGGUCGACGAAGGUUCCUUGCAGCUUGUAUAGCAUAGCUCAGGUCUCCUACAAGCUCAAUGUCCUUGGAACCCGGGGUCCUAGGCGGAUGCAUUGCGUAAUGCACUCCAUCCCUGCCUCAUCCCUCGAGGCUGGUGGCACUGUCCCUUGCCAAAUGGAUAGCAUCCUUGCACGACGUUCCCUGGAUGAAUCUUUCAGCAGAAUAUCGAUCUCAAAAUCAUCUAUUAUGGACCAUUCGGUGCAUUUCAGCAGUGCACGAUUCUCUGACAGCUCAAUUAGAGGUGGCCCAGGGAUCAGCCGGCAGUCACUGAGCGACGAAGAUCAGUGCAAGGACGUACCUUUGAUUCUCCGCAAUAAGGCUCCAAGAUGGCAUGAGCAGCUGCAGUGCUGGUGCCUCAACUUCCGAGGCCGGGUAACUGUCGCUUCUGUCAAGAACUUCCAGCUCACUGCUGCCGCCGCGCUACCUGCUGCUGGAGCCCUAACCCCGCCACACCCUGCCGAGCCUGCUCCACCCCCUCCACCUGAGCAUGAUAAGGUCAUAUUGCAAUUCGGCAAGGUUGCAAAGGACAUGUUCACCAUGGACUACCGCUACCCCCUCUCGGCCUUCCAGGCCUUCGCCAUCUCUCUGAGCUGUUUCAACACCAAAUGGGGCUGUGAAUAGAAUUCCCGGGCUGCAAGCAUCAUGAAUACCCCGCUUAUUUGGGACGCCUGUCGUCUGGAAUGUUCUCCUAGAAGCUCACCAUCCCCGAUAUUAGGCGGGGGUGCUAUUCUGUUACUGUAUCGCUGGCUGCUGCCAGUGCGACUCAGGGACACCCGGAAACGUAAAAAAGAGAGGGAACAAACAGUUUGUCUAGCCCUAGCCUUUAGAAGCGUUCUCCAGACUCAUAGCCGCUGAUUUGUUACUGUAUCUGAUCCAAUCUCCAUUUCUUCUGUUUGUAGCCUUGUUCUGUAUGAUGACUGUGUAUGUGAUAUUUUAGUAGACUUCAUGAAGUUUUCCAUCAUCAUCGAUGUAUUUACCGAGCGAAUUGUAAUUUCUCAAACUCCAAUGUGUGUUCAAAGUAGCUUAGAAAAUUUGCUGGGCUUCA